ACCAGUGGUCUUUUGAUUUAUUAAUGGAAUCAGUCAGCUAUGCCUUAGUUCAAAUGAUUCGUUCAAAUUGGUAGGUUUCACUCGUUAAUAUUAUUGUUAUCAUUAGGCGCUGGGCUGUUGAAUUAAUUAAUUAAUGUUACGCCCAUGGGUGGGAGUCCAUUCCUCCUCUUCCUCUACCACGACCAACCCCUGUUGUUUCAUUACUACUUUUCCUUCUUCUUCUUCUUCUUCUUCUUCAUCCUCUUCAGCUAGUCAAAUCCGUGUAUCAAUGGCUGCUGCUUCCUCUAUUCGAAUUGGUAUUGUUGGAGACGUUCAUGAUGAUUGGGACCUCCAAGAAGAUACAAAAGCCCUCCAGUUUUUACAGCCUGAUUUGGUAUUAUUUACAGGUGAUUUCGGGAAUGAGAAUGUUGAACUUGUUAAAAGCGUUUCGGAGCUUAAACUUCCAAAAGCUGUUAUAUUGGGGAACCACGAUUGUUGGACUACCCAACAGUUUUCACAAAAGAAGAAAGACCGUGUCCAACUUCAGCUGGAAUGUCUUGGAGAGGAGCAUGUGGGUUACCGUCGUUUAGACUUUCCUAAUUUAAAGCUGAGUGUCGUUGGUGGGCGCCCGUUUUCUCAUGGGGGUAAUAGAAUCUUUCGGGAAAAACUUCUAUCUUCGAGAUAUGGAGUCCAAGAUAUGAAUGGAAGUGCCAAAAAAAUAUGUAAAGCGUCCGUAGGAACACCAGAGGGUCAUUCCAUUGUACUUCUGGCACAUAAUGGACCUACAGGUUUGGGAUCUGAGAAGAAUGAUAUAUGUGGAAGAGAUUGGGUACAUCAAGGGGGUGACCAUGGUGAUCCAGAUCUGGAGCAAGCUAUAUCCAACAUGAAAGAAACUACCAAAUUCCCUAUCCCCUUGGUUGUCUUUGGCCAUAUGCAUAAAGAAUUGGCAUCAAGAAACGGACGUCUUCGCAAAAUGAUUGUAGUUGGAGCGGACAAUACUAUCUACUUGAAUGGAGCAAUUGUACCUAGGGUGAAAAAACUAUUUCAUGAACAACAAACUGGUACUGGAAGCUCCUCCACUGAAGGCGCACCCGUUUCUCUUGCGCUCGAGCCUAGUGGUACAGUUCGAGGUUUUACGCUAGUUGAGAUUAAUGACGGAAAGCUUGAUAAGAUAGCUGAGACUUGGGUUUCCAUUAUUGGGGAUGAAAUCAAGAUCGAGGAAGAGCUCAUACUAUUUCAAAGUGGUAUGCGAGCUUCUUCAUUGUAGUUUUCAACGUCCCUUGUCUCAGUUUUUCUGUCUGUCCCUUAUCCCAGUGUUUCUGUCUAAUUUGGACGUUUAAUAAAAUGAAAAAAUAAAUCAACAUCACUACAACUCUGUGGAUUUUCUCUAGCAUAUAUAGGGAAACUGCAGACGUAUGCCUACUUUGCAUACGUGCAGUGCUGCUAAGAGCUGGCCAUUUAAAUAGGACCUAUUAUUUUAUUUUAUUUGAAAGGGUAAG